CUCAACAACGACAACAACAACAGCAUCAAAUACCCAUAUUCUCUUAAUCAAAUCUACUUGAUUUUGAUCUUCACUCUCAACCCAGAUUUCGAUUCCUACAAAUACAAAUACCCUUUUUCUCAGAAACACCAAUGGAUGCCUUACUUCGUCUUGUUGAUCAUGAAGAUUUCUUCUCAAAAAGAUGCAUUUGGGUCAACGGUCCGGUGAUUGUCGGUGCCGGGCCGUCGGGGCUUGCUGCCGCGGCUUGCCUAAGAGAGCAAGGAGUGCCCUUUGAGGUGCUGGAGAAAGCAGAGUGCAUAGCAUCUCUAUGGCAAAAACGUACUUAUGACAGGCUGAAGCUUCACCUGCCUAAGCAAUUCUGCCAGCUCCCCAAAAUGCCAUUUCCCGAAGAUUUCCCCGAGUACCCAACAAAGAGACAGUUCAUUGAGUACCUGGAGUCCUACGCAAGGCGGUUUGAGAUCAAACCCAAAUUCAAUGAGUGCGUGCAGUCAGCCAGGUACGACGAGACCAGUGGGCUAUGGCGGGUGAAGACUGUGAACGCUAGCGGCUCAACCAGGGCUGAGGUUGAGUACAUAUGCCGGUGGCUUGUGGUGGCGACUGGUGAAAAUGCAGAGCCUGUUAAGCCUGAAGAGCUUGAAGGAUUAGCAGAGUUCCGGGGAGAAGUCAUUCACGCAUGCGAAUACAAAUCAGGAGAGAAAUUCAAAGGACAGGAAGUUCUUGUGGUGGGUUGCGGAAAUUCCGGCAUGGAACUCUCUCUUGAUCUUUGCAAUCACAAUGCCAGUCCAUCAAUGGUGGUUCGUAGCUCGGUGCAUGUUUUGCCGAGAGAAGUUUUUGGGAAGUCAGUAUUCGAAUUGGCUGUGAUGUUGAUGAAAUGGUUUCCGCUAUGGCUUGUUGACAAGCUUUUGUUGAUUCUGGCAUGGUUGGUUUUGGGGAACGUUGAGAAAUAUGGAUUAAAAAAGCCAUCGAUGGGACCAAUGGAGCUCAAGAACACAAAGGGAAAAACCCCUGUGUUAGACAUUGGCGCACUUGAGAAAAUCAGAUCGGGUGAGAUCAAAGUCGUGCCCGGAAUCAAGCGGUUUACGCGUGAUCAAGUGGAAUUUGUCAAUGGCGAAAAACUUUAUAUCGACACAGUGGUUUUAGCCACUGGUUACCGCAGCAAUGUCCCUUCCUGGCUUCAGGAAAGUGAAUUCUUCUCCAAGAAUGGAUUCCCAAAAGCAUCAUUUCCAAAUGGGUGGAAAGGAAAUGCUGGAUUAUACGCAGUUGGGUUCACAAGGAGAGGGCUGUCUGGUGCAUCUUCAGAUGCCAUGAGAAUUGCACAAGAUAUUGGCAAGGUCUGGAAAGAUGAAACUAAGCAACAUAAGAAGAGAACUACAGCUUGCCAUCGUCGAUGCAUUUCGCAGCAGUUUUAA